CUCUCUUGCUCCCUGUCCUUACUCGCCUUCUCACCUUCAGCAUCGCCUGUCAAACCCCGGAGUUCAUCUCCAUCGGUUCUCUCUUUUGAAAUAGUUUUCCUGUGUUGAGAUGGCGAACCGACAACCUUCUGCCGAAGUGGUCGGGAAAGCAUUCAUUGAGCAAUACUAUUAUGUCCUUCAGCAUCAUCCGGAGAUGGUUCACCAGUUCUACAAGGAAAGCAGCAAGCUUGGCCGUCCUGAUGACCGUGGCGACGUGGCAUCGGUCACCACCAUCGAUGGAAUCAAGGAGAAGAUAAUGGCCACCAGAUUGGGCGUACCAGAGAUAAGGAAGGUGGACAGCCAGGACUCGCACAAUGGUGGGGUGUUGGUCCACGUGACAGGGCGUCUCAUCAGGGAGGACGAUGUCCAGAGGGGCUUCUUCCAGGUCUUCUUCCUUGCUCCCCAGGAGACGGGAUACUUUGUGCUCAAUGACAUACUACGGUAUGCGGGAGAUAUCGACGACCAGGGCUCUGCCAAUGAUCGAGAAGAAACUGUGCCAUUGCCCAUUGAUGAUGUGAUUGCUACAGCAUAUGAAGUCUGUGAUUCUAUGAGCAAUGGCGAGAGCUGGACUGUCCAAGAGAAAGAACCGGGCAAUGAGAUAUGUGAUUCCGUGAACAAUGACGAGAGCUCGACUGUGCCAGAGAGAGAAUCGAGAAAUGAGGUGCUUGAUGUAGCUUCUGAUGGCUGUCGGGUUGGUACAACUCUUGUUCAACAGAUGUACAAAAGGACAUAUGCUGAAGUAAUGAAACCUAAGAAAGGUGGCGCUGUGAAGGAAUCAGCUGCAGCGGCAUCUAAAGCAGUCCCUACGCCAACAUCUGAUACGCCGAUCUCCACUUCUGGUGCUGCUGGAAACAACACAUCAGUGUGCAUUAAAAACAUACCCUUCGGUGCAACACCGGCUCAUCUCGAGGAGCACUUCAAGAGGUUUGGUCCUAUCAAGCCUGGUGGCAUCCAAGUCAGAACCACUAAGUGCCAGGAACGUCCUUCUUGUUAUGGCUUCGUAGAGUUCGAGAUGGCCGAUUCCGCCCGAAAUGCGAUAAAGGCUUCUCCCAUAAUUAUAUCUGGCCGUCAAGUCUACAUCGAGCAAAAGAAAAUAUUUGGUUCAGGAGUUAAUGAUAACAGAGGAAGAUUUCCACCUGGUAGAGGGGAUGGGCACCUGAGUGCAGGAGCAAGACAGCACGGGAACAGAAGCCAUUUUGGAGGCAGAGCUGGCAACCCGAGAAACUAUUGAGAUAAAACUGAUACUGGAUCUGAAAGUCGUCGAUCAACUGGUCCUGUUGGUGGUCUAAGGAGCUCUUUGUAAAAAAAUAUUCACAUGUAUAAGAUAAAUAAAUAAAUAAAUAAAAGAAUAGUGUUGUGUGAAAGAUGAGGAGAGAACUAAAAGUACAGUCUUAUAUUGAUAUAAAUCAAAAAAUGAAGAGUGAACUAAAAGGAUACUUUGUUUUUUGUUUCUACUUUGUGUCUGUCUUUGUAAUUGAUCUCAAAACUUCUAAUGCAAGUACUUUGCAAUUUCUUUUC